GGAGGAAAAGUGGCCAGACCCUGGCCGGGCCUCAAGAAACGGCCCUUCCCUUAGGGAAGGCUUGGACAACCUGUGCAGGUUUGGCAGCAAUGGCACCAGUGGCAUCCUGCAGUCCAGAGAGAAAGAUGCAUUGGGAGUGAAGGAUUGAGGACAUGAGCAGUGCAGGAGUGCCCUCCUUCUGCAGCAGUUAUGUUACACCGAGCCAGGCAGCUCUGUGGGAAGUGGUGCCGUUGGUCCAGCCCUUUCAUCCAUCUCCUCACCCUGACUGUGGUGACUUUUGGUGUGCUGGCACCUUUGAUCUGCCACCGGCUCCUCCACUCUUACUUCUACCUGCGGCGCUGGCACCUGAACCCCAUGAGCCAGGAGUUCCUGGAGCAGAACCAGCAGGAGGGCCGGGAUGCCCUCCAUUACUUUGAGAAGAUGCAGACGCCAAACGCCUCCGAGGCCUCUGGCAGUGACGCCUUCCAGCCCUUGCUGCUGAUCACCAUUGUCACUGUGCAGAGGCGGAAUGAUUUCCACUACGUCUUGCAAGUGGCCUCCCACUUCCACCGCCUCCUCCAGAAGUGUGGGGCGCGUUGCCAGAGGCACCGCAUGCUCCUCUGUAACGUGGAGUCAGACCCCAGCAGCCAUCAGGACGUCAGGCUGCUGAGCAGCCUCUUUCCUGUGGUCAGUCGUGACAGAACUGGGGAGAAUCCUGACCCCAGCCUGAACCAGUUCGAGAAGGAGAAGCAGGACUAUGUCUUCUGCCUCGAGCAGUCACUGCUGGUGUACAGCCCAGAGUACAGCCUCCUCGUGGAGGAUGAUGCCGUGCCAGAGGAGGAGAUAUUUUCUGUCAUGCAUCACCUGUUCUCGGCCCGGUUCUCCAAGCCCUACCUCAGACACGCUCUCUACUUCAAGCUGUACCAUCCCGAGAGGCUCCAGCGCUACUUCAACCCCGAGCCCAUGAGGAUCCUGGAGUGGCUGGGGCUGGGCAUGUUCCUGGGGCCGGUGCUGGCCGCCGCGUACUGCCGGGCCGUGGGGCAGGCGGGCCCUGGCUGGUGCCUGGUGGCGUUCUUCGCCCUGUACAGCAUGGCCCUGGCAGAGCUGGUGGGGCGGCACUAUGGGCUGGAGCUGCGCCGCCUGCACCCCGCGCUCUACAACGUGGUGCCGGCCAGCGAGUGCUGCACGCCUGCCAUGCUGUUCCCCGCCGCCUCCGCCCGCCGGGCCUCGGGAUACCUGCGGGGGCUGCGCUGCCGCCAGGGCUUCGCCAAGGACACCGCCCUCUACUCGCUGCUGCGGGCCAAGGGCGAGAACGCCUUCGUGCUGGAGCCCAACCUGGUGCGGCACGUGGGCAUGUACUCCAGCCUCCGACUGAGGAGCAACCCGAAACUGCUGUGAGCUGCUGCUGCCUCGCCUCACAGACAGCACCCAGGGCACUUGCCAUGGGCAGAGGGACAGUGUGCACGCACAGAUUCUGUGCUGCUUGCACUGGGCAUCCCGUGUCUCCAUGAGGACAAAGAAUAACUCUAAAAGUGUAAGUUUUCUUAUAAUCAGCUUAUGUACACAGAGAUCCUAUUUAAUAGGAACUUGGAACUAAUCACCAUGCACCACCUGGGAGGGGAGUGGAGGAUAACAGCUCGUUCUCCUUACCAAUUCCCAAAGAAAAGCUCUCACACCAACAUGCACAGCUUUCCUACCUACUCUCCUGAACACAGGUUACAAAAAUCUUCGCCUUAGGGCAGCAGAAGUGUUGGACAAAGAGAAUGUUUCAAAUUCAAGCUAAUGAGGCAGGGAAGGCCUUAUUUCCCCAUUCUUACUAAGCUCUGAUCUCUGACCUGGCUCUGUUCCAAAGCUGUGGUUUUGAGCAGACCCUUCAAAAGCAGAAGUGGUUUGCAGGAACUUUCCCACAAAUUCUGCCCAGAUACUUCAAAUUUAUGAAGUCUCUUUAGUUAUUGUCUCCCUCUCUGCACCUCCACCAUUCCCAAUUCUUGUUCUUCAACCAGAGGCUCUUCAAAACAAAACCUCUGCUGCUUCAUUAGAGGUCACCUCUGAGAGUAGGGAUAGGAAAACAGAAUCACAACCACUGAUGUUCCACAGAUAGGUCAC